AAUUGCAUUGUGGGAACACGUCAUCUAAUAAAACAUGGCGACCUCCAUGGACGCUCACUUUUAACAUUUUUACUUGGAUAAUGUUACGUUUUAAUUGAUGAGUUCUAGCUGACAGACCGAAACGGUUCGCAGGAAUCGAGAGACAAUGUAUAGUUCGCCACAGAAGGGCGAUUUUAUUUCCUUUACGGUUGCGGAAGAUGAGAAAUACGACAACCAAAAAGUGCGGCGGAGGCAGUCGUGUUGGAGGACCUGGAAGCAGCUGUCGCGUCUCCAGCGCCAUGUUUUCACCAUCGUCAUGUUUGUGGCCGCCAUAUGUGUGCUGUACUUGAUCAUCCUGCCUGGCCGGGGUGCCGCCGACUCCAGCAAGGAUUUGGCCAGGAAUCACAGAAUAGGGGGAGAACUGGGCAAUCAGGAGGACUUUGGGAAUCUCCCUGUGCUGAACGUUAACCAACAAGGCAUAGAACAGGGAAAGGUUGAUAACAUGCACCAGCAAGAAGAACCUAAGCGCCACAAGAAAGGCCCACCCAGGCUGCACAGAGACCCGCCAAACGAUAACAAUGAUGAAGACGAAGAGAAGCCUGUUCUUCAUAUACCUGACGAUGUUGUGCCCAAGAGCGGCCCGGAAGAUGUGGACGGUCGCGACGAUUCUAAAAAGCGUGUUGCGGGCGACUCAGACGAUGAUUCUGAAAAUCUUAGAAGCCGGAAAGGCGACUCGGAGAGUAAAAGCAGCAUCUUUGGUGCCAAGAAUGACAGGCAAGAGGCGGUAGUGGGUGCCUUCCAGCACGCAUGGAAAGGCUACAGGGCCCAUGCCUGGGGCCAUGAUGAGCUCAAGCCUAUCAGUAAAUCCUUCAGCGAGUGGUUCCAUCUCGGGCUGACUAUCAUCGAUUCGCUGGAUACCAUGUACAUCAUGGGGCUGGAUAAGGAGUUUGAGGAGGCCCGUAACUGGGUGGAGAACGACAUGAACAUCCAGCCUAACGUCGAUGUCAACCUCUUUGAGACCACAAUCCGUGUCCUGGGAGGUCUUCUAAGUGCCUAUCAUCUUUCAAAGGACGAAGUCUUUCUUGAUAAAGCGAAAAUAUUAGGUAAUAGUCUCCUUCCUGCCUUCAACACCAAAAGCAAGAUCCCCUAUGCAGACGUGAACCUCAAAACAGGCAAAGCCCAUGCGCCCCGCUGGGGACCAGACAGUUCCGUCUCGGAGGUCUCCACCAUCCAGGUCGAAUUCCGGGACCUGACCUUCACGACGAAGGACAACCGGUUCAAGGAUGCCGCAGACACGGUCAUGAACCACCUGCACAGCCUGCGCAAGACGGACGGCCUGGUGCCCAUCUUCAUCAACGCCAACACGGGACAGUUCCGCCAGCACGCCACGAUCACGUUUGGAGCCAGGGCCGACAGUUACUAUGAAUACCUGAUGAAGCAGUGGCUGCAGACUGGAAAGUCAGAACGGAGGUUCAAAGAAGAUUUUGAAGCAGCUAUGGAAGGAACCAAAAAUCGUCUCCUCAGGCGAUCAGGUCCCAACAACCUGCUCUUUGUUGGUGAACUUGUCAAUAACAAUUUCUCACCCAAGAUGGACCACCUGGUGUGUUUCCUGCCGGGCACCCUGGCCCUGGGCUACUUCCACGGACUGGACGAGUCCUACCUGGAGCUGGCCCGCAACCUGGCCAACACCUGCUACCAGAUGUAUGCACAGAUGCCCACGUUCCUAAGCCCCGAGAUCGCCCAUUUCAAUAUGCUGCCGGGCAUGAAGGAUGACAUUAUUGUCAAGCCUGCCGAUGCCCACAACUUACUCCGCCCGGAGACGAUAGAGAGCUUCUUCUACCUGUACCGCAUCACCAAGGACGAGAUCUAUCGGGAGUGGGGUUGGGAGAUAUUCCAGGCCUUCGAGCGUUACACCAAAAUUCCCGGCGGCGGCUACUCCUCCAUCAGCAACGUGAAAAAUCCGGACAAGCCCUCCUUACGGGACAAGAUGGAAAGCUUUUUCCUCGGCGAGACGCUCAAGUACUUCUUCUUGCUGUUCAGUGACGAGCCGGAUUUACUACCCCUGGACAGAUACGUGUUCAACACGGAAGGCCACCCUCUCCCUAUACGGACUAUAGAUGGCGCUGUCAUGCAUUAACGGAUCAUCCCCUGAAAUAGGAUAUUGCAAUAAUUUCACAAAUUUCAAGAAUGGACGAAUAUUUUUUUAAAUUAGAUUGAAACCAGUGGAUAAAUGUGGCAUUGCAUCUUAAUCGAUCUGAUUUUUUGCACCAGAACAUUGAAAUUAUAGCCACAAAGUUCA